UCAGGGAAAUCUGGGAUAUCUGGGAAAGGGGAGUCGGCGAAACCCGGGACUAAACCGGCCGAAAUCCCGACGAAGCUUCGGCCGUCUCACCGCGGGCUCUCCUGCCUCCUCCACCGGUCAUUUCUGCUCUGUCUCCCCGGCUGCUGCUGCGGUUUUUCUGCCAGAAAUCUCCCUGGAUCCGCACAGCUGAUUGAAUUCCUCCACUGUGAUCUGUGUUGGAGCUGGACUGAGCAGCGUUAGCAGACCAAAGAUGGAUCAGCUGUCAGAUGAGGAGGUGGAGGUCAGGGAGGAAGAGGAGGAGGAAGAAGAGGACAGCGAUAAGGAGGACCAGGACCUGGAUAAGAUGUUUGGAGCCUGGCUGGGAGAGCUGGACAAACUCACGCAGGUACACAAAAGUUUGGAUGACGGUCGUCCGGAGCAGCCCCCUCAGCAGAAAGCUCCCCUCAGACAGGAGACCAACAUGGCCAACUUCUCCUACAGAUUCUCCAUCUACAACAUCAACGAGGCGCUGAAUCAGGGGGAGAACGUGGACCUCGACGCUCUCAUGGCGGAUCUCUGCUCCAUCGAACAGGAACUCAGCACCAUCAACACCAAACCCAACAGUGCGGGCGGCAUGGCCCGCCUCGGUUUGACCGACACUAAGGUCCGUCAGAAGCCUCCUGCAGGGCGCAGUAGCAGGCAGCAGCCAGCAGGGGGCAGCAGCGGUGGCGGUAGCAGCAGUAACAGCGUCAGCGGUGGAGGCGGCAGCAGCGGGGCGAGCAGCAGCAGCAGCAGCACCAGAGCGUCACCUGCCGGCACCAUCAGAGCUCCCACCGGGCAUCAUGGGAGACCGGCUCUGGCCUCCAACUUCAGUCUUGACGACAUCACUGCCCAGCUGGAGAAGGCGUCUCUCAGUAUGGAUGAAGCUGCUCGUCAGACCUCCUCCCACUCCCUUAGCUCCGCCUCCACCUAUACGUCAGCCACGAUGCGACGGCCUGGAUCGUCUCAGCGCGCACACCGACGUACGGGAUCGGUGGGCACAGUCAGCGAACACGAGGCUCGUUCGAUCGUUCACUCCUCGCGCUCCUCCGUCACCUCGGCGUCCGAGGUCUCUGUCAACUCCGCGUCCUCCAUGGACUCGUUGGACAGCGUCCUUCGCUCCAACGAAUCAGACGGACAGCAGCCAUCAGUGAAGCCGUCGGCUGAAGGAGCCAGUCAAGGUCACCACAACACAGAGCACUCCUAUCUGGACAGGGAAACCUCUCUGAUUCUGAGAAACAUAGCAGGGAAACCUUCCCACCUGCUGACCAAGGAGGAGCAGGCGGCCAAGCUGAAGGCGGAGAAUAUCCGAGUGGCUCUGGAGAAGAUCAAGGAGGCCCAAGUUAAAAAGUUGGUUAUUCGCGUUCAUUUGUCUGACGAGAGCUCGAAGACCAUGAUGGUGGACGAGAGACAGACAGUGAGACAGGUUUUGGACAGUUUGCUGGAGAAAUCUCACUGUGGGUACAGUCCAGACUGGUCACUGGUGGAAACCAUUAAUGAGCUGCAAAUGGAGCGGAUCUUCGAGGAUCAUGAGAACCUGGUGGAGAACCUGCUGAACUGGACCAGAGACAGCCAGAACCGCCUGAUGUUCACCGAGCGCAUCGAGAAGUAUGCUGUGUUCAAAAACCCCCAGAACUACUUGUUGGGGCGGAAGGAGACGUGUGAGAUGGCUGAAAGAAACAAAGAGGCUUUAUUAGAGGAGUGUUUCGGUGGCAGCUCGGUGUCCGUCCCAGAGAUGGAGGGAGUGCUGUGGCUGAAAGAGGACGGGAAGAAGUCUUGGAAGAAACGUUACUUCCUGCUGAGGGCUUCUGGCAUCUACUAUGUUCCAAAGGGGAAGGCCAAGGCAUCCAGAGACCUGGUGUGUUUCCUCCAGUUGGAUCACGUUAAUGUCUACCACGGCCAGGACUACAAGAGCAAGUACAAGGCUCCGACAGAUUACUGCAUGGUGCUGAAGCACCCUCAGAUCCAGAAGAAGUCUCAGUACAUCAAGUACCUUUGCUGUGACGAUGUCAGAACACUCCAACAAUGGAUCAACAGUAUUCGAAUCGCCAAGUACGGGAAGCAGCUGUACAUCAACUUCCAGGAGGCUAUGAGGAGGACGGAGGCGGCCUACGACUGGUCCUCCCUCUCUUCUUCCUCCAUCAAGUCUGGAUCCAGCUCCUCCAGCCUUCCAGAGUCCCAGUCCAACCACUCGAGCCAGUCGGACAGUGGCGUCUCAGAGAUGACAUCAUCAGGCCACACCCGCUCCCAGAGUGUCGUCAGCUCCAUCUUCUCCGACGCCUGGAGGAGAGGAACGCAAGGAGAGAUGAUGAGAAUCGACCCUAUCAGUAGGCCCAUGCCUGUGCAGAUAAUCUCCCCCCAACCCCCGCCCCCGGCCACCUACACCGCAGGCCUCGCCCAAUCUGAGGAUUCCCCCCCGUCACCACCUUCGCCUCCCCCACCUCCGCCUCCUCCCAUAGUCUCAAGUGUGGCCCAUCAGCCAGCACCAACCCCCUCAUAUGUCAAGUACAGCACGCUGGCUCGCCUGCAGAGCCAGAACCAGUCCUGGACACAGUCGGCAGGAGGCGCCCCAACUGCCCUUCCUGCCCAGUCAACCAAAUCCAACUACAAUACCCUCCCAGCUACCUACAGCACCUCCUCUCAGUUACCACCAUCUCCUCCCCCUCCUCCUCCACCAACAGCUCCGGCCCCUGGCUCAGCCAUGGCAGCACUGAAAUUUGGUCCAUCUAGCCCCUCUGCUCUCCCACCGCCACCCCCACUUGAGGACGAUAUGGAGGAGGAGUCCUACCUCCCGCCUCCUCCACCGGAGAGCCUGGAGGCCAACGGGUUGCCUCCGCCUCCCCCUCCGGAGCCCAUUGCCAACAAUCACUUAACCAACACUGGCCUUCAGCAAUUCCUGGCACAGAAGUUUCCUAACAUGGUGUACGACUUCACGCCAGACAUAAGCGAGGAUAAUUCUCCUCCUCCGCCUCCUCCCCCACCUCCAACUGACCUUUCGCCUCCAGCCUCGCUGCAAAUUCACCGGCCUCUGUCUCCAAAUGCGCCACCUCCUGCACCUCCCAAAACCUUCACUGGUGGUUUUCCCCCUCAAACUGCGCCCAAACCUUCAGGACCUUCUUCCCUUCCGAUUGCCCUUUCACCCGUGUCGCCAACGCAGCCCUUCAGUGGUCACGGGCCCGUUAAAAAGCAGCAAAGCUUCUCAACGGGACACUCCCCAAAUCAGCCACCUCCCACUCUGCCAAAGCAGCACAGCCUCUCUUCCAAAAAUCUUGCUAUCUCUCCCUCUUCCUCCUCUUCUUCUGUCUCCAUCGCUGCUGCUACCUCCUCAUUGGUCAAACAGAUUGUCAAUCAGUUCCCUGGAAACUCUGCUCCAUCCUCUCUGCCCGCCUCCAACUCUAUGGAGGGAUCGAAGUUCUCUGCUCCUCAGUCUCCUCCAGCAGUCAAGGCCAAACCAAAGUGGCAGCCAGGAGGCGUUGUGGCGUCACAGUCACCAGAGUUCCCUCCACCUCCUCCUGAUAACUCCUUAGGAGAGUUCCCUCCUCCUCCUUCUUCCAAGACGGGCUCCCCUAUAAAGAAGUCGCCUUCCACCUCGUCCACAGGAUCCACCAAGCGGGGGCCUCCCCCAGCCCCACAGAGAGCCUCCUCCAUCCGCUCCAGCUCAUCAGGCGAGACCCAGGACGAGAGGCCAAAGAAGGUGGAGAGUCUCGUCAGCAAAUUUGGCCAAGCUCCUCAAACAGGUACCUCGUCCAGCUCCUCGUCAGCGACUGGGUCUCCUUCGAAAGAUUCCUCCAAUCUUCCAGCUCCGCUUCCUAAACCGGGGAAGCUCAACUUGGCUAACCUCCCGUUGGCGCUGCAGGGGCUGCAGACAGGCCAGCACAUUCAGCCCUCUGAGUUCCCGUCCCCACCUCCUCCACCUCCCCCCUCCCAGCCCGCUCACCUCGACUCACCUGACUACUUCCCACCUCCCCCCAGUGACUUUGAGCUUUUCCCGCCUCCUCCCCACCCAUCAGAGUUUCAUCACCCCCCAAAGGUUGCUGUGGUGAACCCCCAGCCUCAGAUGCAGCCUCCUCAACAGUCGGCAACCUCCUUGUCGUCUUCGUCAUGGAAACAAGGUUCGCUGAAAAAGGGGGCGGCCCUUCCUCCAACUCUGAGCCGGCGGACCAGCAACACAACCCCGUAUGACAAUACAAUGCCCAUCUCGCCACCUCCUCUGUCUCAGACCCCACCUCCCUCCCUGCUCUCUUAUUCUUCCUCCUCUCCUGUCCCGCCCACCUCCCCAAAAUCACCAGGGCCGAGCUCCCUGGCACUAAAGCCCCACUUCCUGGAAGACCUCAACCGCACCCUUAAGAGGAAGUCAGUGUCUCGCCACGGCUCCCUCACCUCCUCCCACCUCAUCACCUCCUCUAAGAUGGAGCCCGUGGGCACCAUGGAUGACAUGGCGCUCCUCCCACCCCCUCCCCCCGAGCUCCUGCAGCAGCAGCAGCAGGGUGUCCGAGGUCAUUCCCACACUUUGUCCCGCCACCACAAGCACUCCCACUCCACCAAACAUGCCAACAUCUCAGGCUAUGCAACGCUGCGGAGAGGCCCGCCUCCCGCUCCGCCAAAACGGGACCAAAGCACCAAACUGACCAGUGACUGGUAGGGAGCACGGACACUGGCUGGAGCCUAAGAACUGAACUGACUAUUUAGGUCUCAUGCAGAGAAGAAAUAAUCAAUGUCUGUCUUGACUCGUCCGUCUCUCCUCAUCCUAAACCAUCCACCCUUGGAUUCCGAGCAAGUAGCAAGUCGUCUUUCCUACUCUUAAUCCCAGAUUAUGAUUGUUCCUAUUAUCCUCAUUAUUACUAUCAUUACCAAUACAUGUUUAACCCAAUGACAUGAGUAAAAAUAUAUAUAUGUAUAUAUAUAUCUGUAUACAAGCAAGCCAGAAAAAUCAUCUAUCAAGCUUUUUCACAAUGUCUGUGCAGCUUUGCAUUGAAAUAUACAAAAGACAAGACUUGAACGACAACAGCAACAGAGACAAUUUGCUGCACAAUAACUGGUACUGCAUGGAGCCGCGGCAAUGGAAGUAACGCCAAUGAUGAAGGGAAGGACGCGUCAAUGGAAGGAUCAAGAAAAGCGAAAGCUGGAUGAUGUGUAUAGAAGUGUAUGUUGUGAACUAGGGGGGGUUGAGUGGGUGGGACGGGGGGGUGCAUUGCCAUUUAUUUCAAACUUUUUGUGUGUGUUUUUAUAUAAGAUUAUUUAAUACUGGAAAGAUAUUAUAAUUAUUUUAAGUUUUUAAGAAGCGUCAAAAGAGAGUGAGUUUGACUGGACGUGGGUCUGUAUUCUCAAAAUAUGUUAAAGUGUUGAUCUGUGUUACCAAACUAGCAUACAGCUUUUUCCACUGAGUUGGAUCAUGUCAUCGAAUAAUGUUUCUUUAAAUUUAGAGCUUCAAGGCUGAUUGGUUGGUGAUUUCCAAUGAAUAAGACUUGAUAGUUAAAUGCACACUGAUUGAAGAAAUACUUGUAAAUCCACCAGUAAGGCUGUGCUCAGAUUACAGUUGUUUUGAGUAAGGGUUGCACCGGUUUUAACGUAAACUGUGGUAUGAAAGUUGACAGUUAAUCAUGCCGUUUACAUUUGCUUAUCUACAGUGUUGAAAAAAAUGACUGAAAAAUCUCUCUUGUGCAUGCACAUCUCCUUUCCCCCUUUUUACACAUACUUCCAUUAAAAGAGUGGUCUUAAGUUUCAAUUAUGAUAAAGUGGUUGUUCAACCAAAAAAACUUCUGUUUUCAUUCCUUUGAGGCUAAUUGUAACUGAUAAAAAUAAUAAUAAUAACAAUAACAAUAAUCAUAAUAAUCAGGUAAAAGCAUAUACCAUGAUACUGUAAAAAGAAAAUUAAAAAGAAACGAAAUAUUUUCUGAAACGGAAAAUAAUAAAUUGGUUUACUUUGACUGCCAUGUGUGACUGACAAAAAAUAGCAUGAAUAACGUUGAAAGUCUGUAAAUCUUCAUAUUUAUCCCCUGAUCCAGAAUGACACUAAAUACACUUGCCAGUGAUUAUCUUAACUGCAAAUUACCCCAGUGAUCAAAUAAAUCUAUGUCAUAAACUUUUAAAUUUUAGGUCAAGUACUUAAGUAAAAAUAUUGAUUCUUCAGUUCAAGGAAGGGGUUACAAUAAAGUUUUUGAUGUUUCAUUUAGAUUCAUUAAUUGUUAUAUUAAUAGAGUGCCUCAAAAAUUUUUUUUUUUUUAGGCUGACGCGGUCACGUAAGCAUCACCGUAGUUCCCUCAUCAAAAAGCUUAUAGGAUUUUUUGUUGGAUUUUCAAUUAUUACAGAAAAUAAGCUCUUUGGGCAAACAAAUGUUUAUGAUUUUUACAGGUUUUUUGUUCAGCAACAUUAUCAUUACAAAUGAACAGCAAUUUUUAGUAUCUUCAGCUAGUGUUAACCACAGACCUUAUUUCAAGCAUCUGACCCCCCCAAAAAAUGCUGGGGUACUCUAUAGAGUCAUACAAAAAAUAAUAUUAAGGACAAUUGGAAAUGAUUAAUUUGAUAAACCGAAAAAUCAAAACGAGAACCAUUAGAUUAAUCGCCAACAAAAUAAUCAUUCGGUGCAGCCCCACAUCAAAUAAUGUUAUACAAGUUGCUUUCACGUAUUUCCUUUUCUCUGCAAAGUGAGAUGUGUUGGAGGCCACCAGGAUAUGGCUUGCACAUUAAGACCUUUUAACAAAUCAAGAUUUUAAUUUGUUCAUACCAAACACUUUUGCAUUAUCAUGACUGUCCCCCAGACACUUAACCAGAACCUUCUUUAAUCUGAGCUCAGCCUUAACGAGUCGGUCAGCCAGCGACAUCAAACCAAUUCUGGUAACAGACUUGUUAAAAUAACAGACUUUAUUCUGUUAACUCAUCAGUCAGCUCUGCAGUCAGUCUGUUAGGUAACUGUGUCAAAGCUAUUAAAUCAAGCAGCUAUUCAGCUACAAUGAACUCUGUCUGAGCGAAGGUGAUCGUCUAUUUUAAAAGUUAAUUAAAGCUGCAGGCAGGGAUGAAAGGGCCCUCACACCCCCAUGUAUGUCAUGGUACUGGUGCACUUCAGCUAAAGCGGUCGUUCAUCGCUGUGAAAGUCGGAUAAUGCACGCAAAGAGUUUGGACCCUGGAGUGAGAAGUUCCAUGUCAUCUUGGUGUACAUCAUUUGUAGACCAAACCAUGAAAACUUUAUGUAAAUCAAUUAAUUAAUAUUAAAACAAAAAAACUAUCUGAAAUGUUGAGUUUGAACCUUAUUCAGGGCAGGUGAGUUUUACAGGUUGCUUCCCAGCAAAGAGUCUGAACAGAAACUUAAAACACAGUUCACCUGUCUAAAGGUUUAGCUCAGUUGGUUCGAGUGCUUAACUACAAACCAAAAGGUCAUGGGUUCAAAUCCCACCAAAAACAGGUGAAUUUUACAAGCAGUCCAAACCACAGAGGGGAAAAAACGCUGACAAUAGUUUAAGUGUUAGCUGGAUUAGCUAGCUCUAAGAGUGUUUCAGGUAGUGAGUUUGAACUUUAUCCAGGACAGGUGAGUUUUAAAGACUACUGUCCAAACAAGAGUGUGAAAUAGCACGUCGAAAACAUGUCACAAGGUUUGGCUCAGUGGGUUAGAAAGUCGAUUGGGGUCUGUUACGUUGUGGGAUUGAGACUUAUUCGGGACAGGUGACUUUAAAGGUUGUUGUCCAAAGGUUUCCUAGGUCGGCAGUUGGCUGAAAUUUAAUGGAUAAUGGCAGAACUGGCAAAAACUGUACAUAAACAAGGCAAGGACACAAUUGUGUCACGAACAAACAAAAUACCAUACAUUUGAAUAUUUAAACGUGUCAGUACUCUUUAAUGGAUAACUUAUGUUAUUAAAUCAUAUUUUCUAAAUUA